AUGAAAGUGGACGAAGCCAACGUCUUUCCAUGCGUCAAAGUCAAUGAGCCUGCGGACUUUGUUCCACCGAAUAACCACAGCCAACGUCGCAGAUCGAAAAUUCAUAGGCGACCAACACAAUUUGUUCAGCCUUUUGCUAUCCCCGAUGAAGACGAGCCGGAGACUCUCGAAGAAGCUACUCGAAAUGACGAAGUCAAGGCUAUCAAAACUACACCGCCUUUUACUAGAGAUGAUAUCACUGCCGAACAGAUUGACGAAAGCUUUGCGCCUCCGAUAAACGACAUUUUUAUGUUUCCUAGUGAAACAAAUUUGAUUGCUGAUAGUUCGCCCGUUGUUGAGGAAAAGGAGUUUUCAAGUAAGAGUAGUUUUAAGAUAUCUAAAAUCCCGAAACCUACAAAACUCUCAAUGAAGAAAAGUACGGAGCUUCCCUCGCAUCGAGUCUUGCAUAACUUGUAUGACAGUGGACGUCAGAGUGCUGAUAGUCGCGAGGGUAGCGAGCCGAGAACUCCGACCACUCCUACAAGCUCCAAAAUACCUCGUCCAAAAGCUAUCACACCAAGAGCUUCUCCAAAACCUAAUCGAAAACCAGCAACAAAGACUUUGAAAGGAUCAAAAUCAAGAUGGAAAUCG